AUGGUUAAGUUGAUCUCCUGCGAUGAGUUGAAAGUUCCAUCCGAAGAAAAAGUAUUUGAAUCUGUAAUUCGAUGGGUUAAAUAUGAUUUACGUUCCAGAAAAUGUAUCUUGACCCAAUUAAUGGAACAUGUACGCUUACCACUAACAUCCAAAGACAACAUAUUAAAAAAAAUAGUUGAGGAACCUCUUAUUAAUAAUUGUCUUAAAUCUAAAGAUUACAUAAUUGAAGCUCAGCAUUUUCAUUUACUUAAGUCAGAUGAGCUUGUCACCAUUCCACAUCACAUCCGGACUAAACCUAGACAACCUGAACCACCUUAUUGGAAACCAUCUGCUGACAUGUUAGUUAAACGACGACAUUUAGAAGUUGGCGUGAUAAAUAACCAUCUUUAUGCCGUAGAAGGUGUUGAUGGUUUAUCAAAGCGGAGAUUAAACUCUGUUGAAUGUUAUCAUCCCAGUCUUGAUAAAUGGACGCCAGUCACAAAAAUGCGUGUACGUCCCAGUGCUCUGGGUAUUAGUGUUAUUAGUACAGGAAUUUGGACUUCUAUUCCAGAUAGCAUUUAUGUCGACAAUUUCCAAGAGUUGCUGUAUUAG